CUCGAAUCCUGGGAAAGUUCCAGGGGCAGGCUGGCUGGCGGAGGGAUCUGGCACGCAGGCACUGCGGCUCCAGCCUGGCUGACGCCGGGGUUGUGGCGCUCCGCUCGGCUCGUGGAGGCUCAAGGGCUCCUAGCAAACACGCUCCCCACCUUGCUCUAUCCGCGCCACGCUCAACUGGGCAGCCAGACAUCACACGCAGGAACAGAGGGACAGGAAUUGCCCCCGUCUUUCACAACAGUGAAGCGCUGUAGUGAAUGGACAUCACACAGCAGAGAUGACUGAAACCUGACCUGCACGAGGAAUAACAUUCACUACCGGAGGCUACCAUUCUGACCAGACUGUAUUUCUGCUAAGAGAGAGAGAGAGAGGAAGAAAGAGACAGAGAAAAAUAAGAUAUUUGGGAUUAUUCCAACAUUCCCACCUCUGUUCCAGACUUUCCUCCCUCCUGGUCUCUUCAGGAAGCACCAACGGAACUAAUGAACCCCAGCUUCUGUUUACAUAGACUCCUCACACUCCUCUUCGAGCUCCUUCCCUGAUCCCUCGCUCCUGCUGUCCUUUACCCAUCUGGGCAACAAUCCAUCCCUCACACUCCUCUUCUAUCCCCCUGUCCCCCCCUCUCUCACCUCCUCUCAUCACAUUCCCUCCCUCUUUCACCCGAAGUGGUGUUUCUCAUCCCUCCCCCAUCCAUCUCUACAUAGCACCAUCCAUCCCUCCCUCCAUCCAUCUCUACAUAGCACCAUCCCUCCCUCCAUCCAUCUCUACAUAGCACCAUCCCUCCCUCCAUCCAUCUCUACAUAGCACCAUCCAUCCCUCAUGCAUUCCACCACCUCUAUCACGUCCCUCUUCUCCUUCACGAGCCCUGCAGUGAAGAGGCUUCUGGGAUGGAAACAGGGGGAUGAGGAGGAGAAGUGGGCAGAGAAGGCUGUGGACUCUCUGGUGAAGAAACUAAAGAAGAAGAAGGGAGCGAUGGAGGAGUUAGAGAAGGCCCUCAGCUGCCCCGGACAGCCCAGUAAGUGUGUGACCAUCCCUCGGUCUCUGGACGGUCGUCUCCAGGUAUCCCAUCGUAAAGGUCUUCCCCACGUCAUCUACUGCAGAGUGUGGAGGUGGCCCGACCUACAGUCUCAUCACGAACUCAAGGCCUUGGAGUGCUGCGAAUUCGCCUUCGGAUCCAAACAGAAAGACAUCUGUAUCAACCCCUACCACUACAGACGGGUAGAGACACCAGUGCUUCCCCCAGUGUUGGUCCCCCGCCACAGUGAGUUUAACCCUCAGCACAGUCUACUGGCUAAAUUCCGGAAUGCCUCGCUCCACAACGAGCCCCUGAUGCCCCAGAACGCUACAUACCCGGACUCCUUCCCUCCUUUCCCCUGCGCCUCCUCAUCCUGCGCCUCCUCAUCCUCUCUCACCCAGUCCCCCACCUCCGCCAGCUACCCCAACUCUCCCAGCAGCGCAGUCGAACCUACCAGCCCCUACCACAUCACAGCAGAGACUCCACCUCCCCCCUAUAGCAUGAUGGAGACAGUCCCAACUGAGGAUGUCAAGCCUGGAGACUCCUCCAACACACACAAGCUCACCUUCUCAGCUCCGCACACAGACCUGCGGCCUGUGUGUUAUGAGGAACCAGAGUACUGGUGUUCAGUGGCGUACUACGAGCUGAAUAAUCGUGUCGGAGAGACGUUCCACGCUUCGUCCCGUAGCGUCCUGGUGGACGGCUUCACCGACCCCUCCAACAACAAGAACCGCUUCUGUCUCGGCCUGUUGUCUAACGUCAACCGCAACUCGACCAUCGAACACACACGCAGGCACAUCGGAAAAGGUGUCCAUCUCUACUACGUGGGUGGUGAGGUCUAUGCAGAGUGUCUGAGUGACAGCAGUAUCUUCGUCCAGAGUCGUAACUGUAACUAUCAGCAUGGUUUCCAUGCCACCACCGUGUGUAAGAUCCCCAGCGGCUGUAGUCUGAAGAUCUUCAACAACCAGCUGUUCGCCGAGCUCCUCUCUCAGUCCGUCAACCACGGCUUCGAGGUGGUCUACGAACUCACCAAGAUGUGUACUAUACGCAUGAGCUUCGUCAAGGGCUGGGGUGCAGAGUACCACCGUCAGGACGUCACCAGCACCCCCUGCUGGAUAGAGGUGCACCUGCACGGCCCUCUGCAGUGGCUGGACAAAGUCCUCACACAGAUGGGCUCUCCCCAUAACCCCAUCUCCUCCGUGUCCUAACACAUACACACACACACACACACACACAGAUGUGGUCUGUCCUAAAACACACACACACAUAUCCUCUGUAUCUUGACACACACACACAUUUUAAUGGAUCUAUGCUUAUCUCGACUGAUGCUAUUGAAAUAGCAGCCUUUUCUUCCUGACUGGAAUCAACCGUCAUUUAACAUUACGAUGGUAUUUCAGUUGAUGACAAUCAAUCAAUCAUACAUAAGUUACUGUAGCUUUCAGUUAGUCAAUGUACAACGUGCCAGUGUUGCAGAUACAUAUUGUAUUGUUUUAGCUACUCUGCUGUUUAGUUAUACUUCUACUGUAAGGGACAGUAACCAGCGACAACCGACAUCGGAAUAUGCGUUUCAUAGUUUUUUGUUUAGGUGAUGUCGGAGGUGUAACUGUGAUGGGAGCUGUCGUAAAUCGGUGAGCGGCUGCUCUUGUCGUCAUUGUAACGAAAUAACACAUCUUUAAAUCCCACCUGCGUUAGAAGUUCAGAACGAGAAAAGUGUAGGCUAUAGUUGAAAUAAUGACACUCAAAUUAAACAAUUAUAAGGAUUUUUAUAUCAGCCAAUCGAGGUGUAGAUUACAACACACGAUCCAGUGUUCCAACUUGUAACACAGCUACAUGAGGUCAUUACUAACGCAACUAGAUGUAUCCAAUGGCAAUGUCCUGUACAGGUAUAACACCAGGAGCCGGUUGCUGAUUUGACAGCUCUAACGCUGUACACCUCUCCCACAACGCCUAAACACAAACAAUGAUGCUGCUAAGCAGUUGUGGGUUAAGGCAGAACUGAUUAAAUCGAGCCCUUCAGUUUCAUUAGACUAUGUUGUGGGUUAAGGCAGAAUUGGUUUAAUCGAGCCCUUCAGUGUCAUUAGACUAUGUUGUGGGUUAAGGCAGAAUUGGUUUAAUCGAGCCCUUCAGUUUCAUUAGACUAUGGUUUCAACUAUCAUUCAAUCACCUUUUUGUUUACUGUAAGCUACAGAUACUGUAUUCAAUCACACAUAGCUCUGUUUAAAUAACCCUUUAACUCACUCAAAGACGGUUGUGUGCAUCCCCUAUGGCACCCUAUUCCCUAUUAUAGUGCAGUAGGGUACCAUUUGAGAUCAAAGGAAACAUUACAGUAGUUACUAAUAGAGACUUAUAUGUCAGUGUAUAAAAUGGUGUUUGUGGUGUUUUACGUGUUGGGAAAAUUAUAAACAUGUAUUUACUGUUGUUUCUGACUGCCUUUCUGAUUAUUUCAUUAAAUCUUUUUUUUUUAAUUGAAAGGA